GAAGACGCUCUAUUUGCUUAUUUACACUGCAGUACCCACGUUGUGUUCAGUAAACCGAUAAACAGAUGCAUUUUUACUCCCGCAGAUGUGAAUAUCUGACCGGUGGCCGAUGUCGGAGUUAACCUCGCUAAGGGAUCGUCUUUAAAGAGGCGCUAGGAAAUAAGCGUCGAGUCCACUGGAAAGAUGGUUGCCGUAGACAACAGCCAUGCUCAGCGUGUCCUGUCCUGCCUGAACCAGCAGAGGGCAGUAGGGAAGUUCUGCGAUGCCGUGCUGAAUUUGGGCAACGGGUUUCUCUACCUGGCUCACCGCAACAUCCUGUCCUGCUUCAGUGAACUGUCAGAGCUGUCCAGCACCAGUGGCGCUCCGCACACCGAGUUCUUCCUGCAAAGUUGCCCCAGCGACGGCCUGGAGCUGGUCCUGAACUUCAUCUACACCGGAGAGCUGAGGCUGGAAGAGGACAACCUGCAGAAGGUGCAGCAAGCAGCAGCCAGCCUGUGCGUGCCUGAAGCUCUCGCUCUCUGUCAGCAGUUCCUGCACUCCUCUGUGGAGUUGCCGCCUGCGAAGACGAAACGAGGCGGAUCCAGAAAGGCCCCGUCAAUGGGGAUCAAGGAGGAGAACCUGCUCCCAGCCCCAGCAGGUGAGUCUGCAGAAGCUGCUGUAGCUCCCACCACCACACGCUCCGGUCGGGUAGUGAAGGGCCCCAAGUGGCUGACGACCGCCGAGGAGAGCUCCACAUCUGACUGCAGGAGGAUGGUGCUCAAUCCUGAAGAGAGACAAACCACUGAGGAACAUCUGGUAGCUGAACAGCUUGCUGCUGACUCUCAGGUAGCAGAGCUGCAGAUGGACACACAAUACUGUGGUUUGAGCCCCAUAACAGGUGACGAAGAGGAAAAUGAGGAAGAUGAUGAAGCUGCAGUCAAUCUUGACACAGAUGACGAGUAUUUACCUGCUGGUGAGCAUAGUUCUACAGGAACGCCUGCAUCGACAGAACCGAAGGCCCAGAGUAAUGCUGCAGAGAACGUCUCCAACAAAGACUCGGGUCAGUGUCCCAUCUGCUACAAAUCCUUCAAGAGCAAAUACUACCUCAAAGUCCACAACAGGCGGCACACUGGAGAGAGACCCUUUGGGUGCCUCAAGUGUGGGAAGAGGUACUUUAGGAAGGAUAAUCUUAUGUUUCACCAGAGCAGAGAUUGCACCCAAGUUCUGACCUGUUCCAUAUGCCCUUCAAAGUUCAACACCAAGGAAGAGCUGCGGGUGCAUGGGGUCACACACACAGGAGAGAUGCCCCACAAGUGUUCCACUUGCAGCGAGCAGUUUAUGUACAAGAGGAACUUGACAAUGCACAUGAUGAAGGCCCACGGUCAUCCCAAACCACAUGCAUGUCCACAGUGCCCCAAAACCUUCCUAACCAGGACUGAGCUGCGUGUGCACGAAUCGACUAAACAUCGAGGUGAAAAACCAUUUGUGUGUGAGGAGUGUGGCCAUCGGGCGUCCAGUCGAAACGGCCUGAUGAUGCACAUUAAAGCCAUCCACAGAAACGAGCGUCCCUUUGUUUGUAGCAUAUGUGGCCACGCAUUCUCUCAGAAAAACAACCUCAACUUGCAUCUGCGUGUGCACAACGAUGAGAGGCCUUACCAGUGUCACCUCUGUGGGAAAACCUUCAGGACACAAGCCACUGUGGACAGGCACAGCCGGACGCACACGGGCGAGCGUCCCUACAGCUGUGACGUCUGCGAGCUGCGUUUCACAGAGAAGGGCGCCCUCCUUCGACACAAGACCAGCAAGCACGAGGAGGGCCGACCCCACAGCUGUUACAUCUGUAACAAAACAUUCAAAGCAAGGGGACAAUUGCACGUCCAUCUGUGCCGCCACAAAGGCAUGAGGAAGUUUGAGUGCAUCGACUGCGGCUACAAGUUUACCCGACAGGCACACCUGCGACGACACAUCCUCAUCCACAAACGCACAGAGAACUACAACCCACGGCAGAGGAAGCUGAGGAACGUCAUUGUGCAGGAGGUCUGUGGAGAUCCCAACAAGGACAAAGCCACUCAAUCUGUGGAGGCUCAACAGACCAGAGAUCAUACCCAAGAGUCCACCCUUGGAUCUGAGCCCACGACCCCACAGCUAGACUCUCCCUUGGGCCUCGACCCCAGCAGCAUCGUCACGGUGGACAUUGAGUCUAGAGACACGGCGUUGAAGGAGGCAGCGACCAAUCAGAACGGGGAGCAUGGCAAAGAAGCAGAGAGUUCCUCCGAGUCUGAAUCAUUUUAGACGGGUCAGCUGGUCGUGGGGGUCA